AUGUUCAAGACUACCUGUGCCGUCCUUGCUGAAACCUGCGAAAACACCGUUGGUUCAUUCACUUGUUCAUGCUCAACUGGAUACGAACGUAACGAAGCUGGAGUCUGCGUCGAUAUCGACGAGUGCGCCCGAGAAAUCGACACGUGCCACGCAACAAAAGAACGAUGCGAGAAUCUGCCGGGCUCCUACGAAUGCAUCUGCUUGCCAAUGUCUUUCGACGAAUCCAUGGACACCAUUCGAGAAUGGAUCAACAUUACCUCCGAAGUCCUUGCCGAUCACCGUCGUGGAGGCAAAUUUGGAAACCGGGCUGACAAACUUCUUCAAAACAUGCUUCUCUGCCACGAAGUCAACUGCACUGCUCCCCACGAUGCUGAGCGAGUCGGCGAGAACGACUUCGCCGUCUGGAACAAGGGGGCUGUCCGAUUCGAAGACCACUGCUCUCAGACGAAAAUCAUCAAAGCUGGCCUGUACACGUGGCUUGACAACUACGCCUGCAUGAGCAGCAAAACGAGCCGACACACUAAACGAGUGUCUAGGUUCAUUGAAAGAGCGGCAAAAUGGCGAGAAGAAAACGGAAUUCCAGAACCCGAGCGAAAAUUUAACCUCAACAACGAAAAAAUUUGGUUCAGAAACACUUACAGGCAGACUAAAGUUCAUCUAGUCAAUAAUUUUGUCAACAAAUUGAAAAAAUAUCGAUAUUCCCGCGAAAAAUUAACGACAGAAGUCGACAUAGCUAGUCUAUCCGAGCAAAAGAAGAAGAACAUCCAAAAAAAGCUCCUUCGAUGUAAGAACGCAGAAGAAUCGCUGCUCAAAGAAAUGUACCUGAUCAAGAGCUGGAAAGCAAACGACGUUUUCGAAAUGUUGCUCAAAAACGAACCCGUCCCAUUCGCCGAUGCUUGUCAAAUUGCUCACGACACGGGGAACUUGGAUUUAAGAGCGAGAGAGAGGAUAAGACAGUACAAACUGGUCCUGCCGGUUUGGGAAAAGCUCAAUAAAGAAUUGAAGCUCUUCGACUCUUCCCGGAGCCUGGAAGGCGCAAGUAAGGCUGCUGCUUUGGCAAAAACUGUCCUCGAAGAAUCUGAAAAACAAACAUCAAAAGAAAAAGUCUCUUCUGAAGUUUCAAAAGCUUCAAUCAAAAAAGAAUCAUCAGAAAACCCAGAUUCGCAACCCAGUUCAAAGAAGCAGAUUCAGAGGAAGAUCGAGCCAGAAUCGGACAACGACACGGAUGGGAGCGAGGUGGACGAAGAUGACAUGCCAGAGGAAAUUUCAAAUGCAGAUGCGGCGCGCUUCGAUUUCAACAAGCUCGGAAAACUCGUGCAGAAAGCUGAUGCCACGACGAAAGACGAAGAGGAGAAGGAAGCAGAGGAAGAGGAGGAAGACGAAGACGACUUCAAGGAGUAUUCGAGUGAUGAGGAAUCGGAAGAAAGUGAAGAAGAGGAGGAGGAGCACGUCAAGGAAGCCCUAAAGGAAGAUGAGCCGUUCGAGAUCGAAUUCGCCCUCCCAAAGAGUUUCCAAAACAAAACUACUGACGCAAAAGCAGAAGUAAAGCCAGAAAUCGACGUCAAAACAGACGACUUUGAUGCUGAUUCGGAAUCAUCAGAUGAUGAAGGGGCAGAAAGCGAUGACGAGAAUGAAUCAAGUGACGACGAAGGAGAUGAAGAGAAAGAAACGUCGGCGACGAAUGGGUUCUUUAUGACUGCCGAUCACAAGCCAGUCAAGGUGGCAAAGACGUCAAAGAAGGAAGUCAAGCGGUUCGCCAAAGACAAUCGCGACGGGCAAAGGGAACGAAAAAGGCAUGCCAAAGCUGUUUAUGGCCAGAAUCUAAUAGAAAUGGAAAAACAAGCGCAGCAAAAACAGAAGCUCGCUGCGAAGAAAGAGCGAAAAGCCGAAAAGCGCAAAUUGAAGGAAGAAAAGAAAAACCAACCUGCCGAACUCCACGGAAGUUGGGCAGCCAGUAAGCGAGCGAAAGAACAGACAGUAAUCCAGAAGUUCGAGGGAAAGAAAAUUACUUUCGACGAUUCUGAUUGA